UGAUUUAUUUGUUGAUUGGAUUGGUGGAUGCAUAUGUAGCCAGACAAACAAACAAACAAACAAUUUAUUAUUAACGACCUUGUUUAUCACAAUCACAAAACAACCAAAAAACAAAACGACAACGAAUUAUUUUCUCGGGAAUUUCUUUUCUUAACAAAAAAAAUCUUCAUUCAAAAAAUGCGACUAGCAAGAUUUACCGAAUUUGGUAAGAAAAUAAUCUGUGUUGGUAGGAAUUAUAAAUUACAUGUUAAAGAAAUGAAAUAUUCAUUACCAACAACAACACCGAUUGUUUUCUUAAAGCCUCCAACCGCUUAUGUAAUUAAUGAUGGUCUAAUUAGGAUACCGAAAAAUUGUCAAGAAUUACAUCAUGAAGUUGAAUUAGGUAUUGUUAUUGGAAGAAAAGGUUCGGCAGUAAAUGAAAAUGAAGCUGAUGAUUUAAUUGGUGGUUAUGUAAUUGCAUUAGAUAUGACAGCAAGAGAUCUACAAUCAAAAGCAAAAAAAUCAGGUGAACCAUGGUCAAUUUCGAAAGGAUUCGAUACAAGUUGUCCAGUUGGACAAUUUAUACCAAAAGAAGCAUUGCCAAAUGCUAAUUCAUUAGAUAUUUGGUGUAAAGUUAAUGGUGAAUUAAAACAAAAAGGAAAUACUUCGGAUAUGAUGUUUACAAUACCACAUUUGAUUAGUUAUAUUAGUCAAUAUUUUACAUUAGAAAUUGGUGAUCUUAUUCUAACUGGUACACCGGAUGGUGUUGGCCCUGUUAAAAGUAAUGAUAUUAUUGAAAUUGGUAUCGGUGAUGUAUCAAAAGCAUCAUUCAAGAUUCAGUGAAUUUUGAACAAGAAUUUUUUUCG